AUGGGACUCAAUUUUCUUUUUUCUUUCUUUCUUUCAGAACACAUCAUUAUUUCUUUUAUCUGUUGUGCCUUUCUUUCUUUCUUUCUUUCUUUCUUUUUUCUCCUUCUCAAUUGUCUUCUAUUCUUAUCAUCUUCCUUCUUGCCUCCAUUACUUCUUUCUUUCUCUUCCUUUCUUAAUUUUCUUUCUUUCUUUCUUUCUUUCUUUCUUUCUUCAUCUUUCUUUCUUUCUUUCUUUCUUUCUUUCUUUCUUUCAUAUCAUCGUUCUCUUUGCCGCCAUUACUUCCUUCAUUCUCUUCCUUCCUUCCUUUCUUUCUUCUUUUCUUUUCUUUCUUUCUAUCUUAUUUUUACCUUACUUCCAUCUUUCUCUUCCUUCCUUCGUUUCUUUCUUUGUUUGUUCCUUAUUUUUCCCUCGUUAUCAAUUGUUUUCAAUUUUUCUUCCUUUCUUCUCAUUAUCUUCUUUCUUGCCUACCUUACUUCCUUUUUCUCUUCCUCUCUUUCUUCCUUCCUUCCUCUCUUUCUUCCUUCCUUCCUUUCUUUCUUUCUUUCUUUCUUUCUUUCAUAUCAUCCAUCUUCCUUCUUGUCUUCCUUACUACCUUCUUUCUUUUACUUCCUUCCUUACUUCAAUCUUUCCUUUUUUCCUUCCUUCCUUCCUUUCUUUAUUUCCUCUCAUUCUCAAUUCUCUUCUAUUCUUUCUUUUCUUCUUAUCAUCUUCCUUCUUGUCUUCUUUACUUCUUUCUUUUCCUUCCUUCCUUCCUUCCUUCCUUCCUUUCUUCCUUCCUUCCUUCCUUCCUUCCUUCCUCCCUCCCUCCCUCCCUGCCUUCCUGCCUUUCUUUCUUUCUUUCUUUCUUUCUUUCUUUCUUUCUUUUCUUUCUUUCUUAAUUUUCUCUCAUUAUCAAUUGUUUUGGAAUCUUUCUUCCUUCAUAUCUUCCAUCUUAUCUUCCUUCCUUCCUUCUUUCUCUUCCUUCCUUCCUUCCUUCCUUCCUUCCUUCCUUCCUUCCUUCCUUCAAGGAUUUUUUUUCCUUCAUUCCUUCCUUCCAGUCUUUCUUUCUAUGUUUCUUUCUUGAGUACUAGUUCCUGUGCACAUCUAUCUAUCUAUCUAUCUAUCUAUCUAUCUAUCUAUCUCUAUCUAUCUCAGUUUAAUUAUCUAUCUAUCUAUCUAUCUAUCUAUCUAUCUAUCUAUCUAUCUAUCUAUCUCAGUCUUUUAAUUAUCUAUCUAUCUAUCUAUCUAUCUAUCUAUCUAUCUAUCUAUCUAUCUAUCCCAGUCUUCUGUUCCUCUAUCUAUCUAUCUAUCUAUCAUCUAUCUAUCUAUCUAUCUCAGUGUGUUCUAAUCUAUCUAUCUGUCUCAUUUUCUUUUUCAGAUAUAUCUAUCUGGAGGGUUAUUUUUAAAGGUCAUUUGUGUGUAUAG